AUUACAUAUUCAAAGACGCUCUCUCUCUGCCCCGCUGCAAUAAAGGCAGAUAACGGGGCAUGGGGCGCAGGGAAAGUUUUCAUACUGACAUGUUAGCGCGAUGACUUGCGAGUAACAUCUGAUUGGGACGAGGCUCCCGGCGUGCGGCGGAAGAACCAGGGGGACGUGCCAUUUGCCGGGACAGGGACCCGCACCGUACGGAACCUCAACAAGACCGCGAGAGAGAGUUGAGACGAGUCCAAGAAGCAGCGGAGGGAAAUCUCGUGUGUCCAUCUGAAUGAAAAGAUGAGCUUGUUGUCUGCCAUCGACACGAGCGCCUCCGUGUACCAGCCCGCGCAGCUGCUCAACUGGGUGUAUCUGUCCCUGCAGGAGCCGCACCAGACCAGCGCGUUCGACGCCUUCAGACCCGAGCCCAACUCUUCCCACUCGGAUCUCAACUUCAGCAAGACUCCCGCGGCGGCCGACCUCAGCUCCCCGCUCAACUCCAACUAUCUCAACAACUUCUUCCAGCUGCAGCGGAACGAGGCCCUAAACAACAACGUGUACAAGAACGUGUCUCCCUAUGGCUCCCUCAACAACAUCGUGGACGGGCUCAACUCCCUGACAGACCACUUCUCCGACCUGUCCCUGUCCUCCGAGCCCCGGAAACCCAACAAGAGGCCCCCACCCAACUACCUAUGCCACCUGUGCUUCAACAAGGGACACUACAUCAAAGACUGCCCCCAGGCCAGACCGAAGGGAGAGGGUCUGACUCCGUACCAGGGGAAGAAGAGGUGCUUUGGGGAGUACAAGUGCCCCAAGUGUAAGAGGAAGUGGAUGAGUGGAAACUCCUGGGCCAACAUGGGGCAAGAGUGCAUCAAGUGCCACAUCAACGUUUACCCACACAAGCAGCGCCCCCUGGAGAAGCCUGACGGACUGGACGUGUCAGACCAGAGCAAGGAGCACCCCCAGCAUCUGUGUGAGAAGUGCAAGGUCCUGGGCUACUACUGCCGCCGCGUGCAAUAACUGUCCACAGUACGCAAAGAGAAGGAGAGAAGCCGCCGGAUCCAAGAUGGAGUAACCAGGAUCCAAAACGGCGUCCGUUCUUCAUGACAUCUUCACUCGCGUCAACUCCAGAAGCCUUAAAUCUAUGGCAGACUGUUGCUCCCUUAUUCGUAGCAAGUUUUUGUCAAUGUAUUAAUUGUGGAUUUACAUGGAAUGAUGGUGGACAACUUACAAAAAGUGCUUUCUGAUUUUUAAAUAUACAAAGAUGGUUAAGUUUUCACAAUCACUCAAAAGGAGAUCACUGCUUAAAAUAAGUGACAAGUGGCCAUCUUGGGCUAGCUAAGCUUUCAGGACGAACUUAUCUACAAUAUUUGCUUUUUUUGGUUUGUGAUUAUCAGCUUGUCCCUCCUAGCCCACAGUAGAUUUUAAGAGAGUACAAUGAGUAGCAAUGUUAUCUUUCCAUUGUAUUCAAGAGUUUCAAGUUACAUCACUUUUUGCCUUUUAUGGGUGCCAUUUUGAGAACUUUGGUCAUUCAAAGAUAGAAUAGCAUGUUUUGGAUUGUUUAUUAUUAUUUUACAUCACUUGAAAACCCUGGAUGUUACCAAAAUCCAACUUGCCUUACUUCUCCCAUAACACAACUACCCAAAACAACAAAAAUGGUAGGCCUAUUUUGCUUAAGUUCUUAAUUUCUAAAAGUAAAAAAACAGUUACUCGCAAUAGAACAACACAGAAUGUCCCUGCAGGGCUACCAUAGCAGUUUCCAAAAUGGUGGCUACAUGUUUACAGAAUGUCAUGAUUAGAGUGACCAGAUUUUCAAAAUAAAAAACUGGGACACUCUCGGUUAGGGGUGGUAGAUAAUAAUAAAAUUGUGAAACAAGUACGUAAUUAAGGAAAACUGUUUUGUACUUGGCCCAUUUUUGACAUGCGAGUCCCUAUACUCAUUUUCUUGGUCAUUUUUAAGCAGCUUUUUUGUAUUUUACCUAAACAAAUGUCAAUAUACGCCCAUCUUUACUGUUGGCAGGUAUAAGACUGGUCAAAAAUAGGGAAAUUUCUUGUAUAAAACUGGGACAAAUCAAUGGUUUUGGAUAAAUCUGCAAGGGUUCAAAACUGGGACUAUCCCGGGUAAAUAGGGACAUCUGGUCACCAUAGGCUAAAUGUUUACAGAACGCCGUGUUAACUCACUUUGUUCUAAUAAUUAUCCGCGUAGCUUGGCUCUGCACCCUCUUAUCCACCGCCCAUUAAAUUCCAUGUAAAUGCCACAACGCGCACUACACCUAUGGGAGCAAUUUCUCUCUCACUUAAGCGCUCUUCGUAAAAUCCAGUGACUGUGUGUGCUUUGUAAACCUACUGGCCCUGCAUUAGCCAUUAGCAUUAGCCUUUAGCAUUAGCAUCGUUAGCAUCACUGUCAGUAUUACCUCUUUUCGGGGUUCUUUGGCUUCGUGUUUACAAAAAUCUGCCUUCCAUUUUGUCUAUGUUACGUUAUAAUAAUAUGCCCAGGGCCUUAUGAUGUCUUGCCAUGUAACCAGCACAUCUAAUCUAACUGUGAAUGAACUAAGGGAUACCGUGCCAUAUACGUCCCUUUAGCUUACAUUUGGGCCUAUUUAUUUUGCUUUGUGUGCAAUCGGAACUUGUAACUGGGACAUGAAGUAAUGCAUUUGUAUGUUGUUUUGUUAAAAUCGCUUCACAGUGCCUUUAUAGAGACUACUGUAGGCUCAGAUGCUAAAUAAUCGCGCUUUUUUCCGUCCCCGAAAUUGUUUUUUGUAGUCACUUAUGUCAAGCUAAAUAUAUUCAGUGUGUUUCUAAUUAGUACAUGUAAUGAUUUGUCAAAGCUACAAAAUAUCUAAAAGAAAAGGGCUGUCCGCAGGAUUGCUUCAGCAUGGGUCCAGGGACUAGAGAUUGUAGUAAUGCCACAAUUUGAUUAGCAUUACGUUAGCGGGUUAGCCGUACAUAUGUUGGACUUUAAAAUAAAUUGAAAGCAUGCAGGGAGAGUGGUGCCUGAAGGGUUAGUGUUUUGGGGAUGACAGCAAAGUAAAGUCUGUGGAAAAAGUAUUAAGGCUUGCACUCAGAGAUAUGUCCAAGAGGCAGGGGUGUCACCGUCCAUUAGAGCCAAUUUGAUAAGAUCAUAUAAAAUGUCUCUAGCACUUUUGUGAAACUAAUAAGCUUCACCAGCUCAGUGUAACUUGUGGAAAUUUAUUCAUACACUUGUUGCAAUUAGUGGUCAGAGAGGACUGGUGCCUAUCCCAGUAGAUGGGCCUAAGGCAGGGAAUUGCAGUUUAUAUAAAAAACAAAGCAAUAAACAAAUAAAAUCAGGGAACACUUGCCUUGCACAUUGUAAACGUGUCCAGGAGCAUUCACACUUGAGAGAACAGUGAAAUAUAAUCUGAUAAACCAAUGCAAAUGCUAACACAACCACCAUGUAUAAUGCCAGCGCUAAGCUCUAAUGAGGCUCUUGUACAAAGGCAAAACAGGCAAACUAUUCUUUUAGGAUUGGUAUCUAAAUGUGAUUAUUUUGGUGACACCUCUGCCAUGCACUGUCUGAAGUAUGUAUGUUUAAACUGUGGAGGCGAGCUGUAAAGAAGGAUCACUGAAAGUGACAAAGAUGACAUGUGAAUUCAAUAGAGGCCUAUAUUUGUAAACUGAUAUAUCUUUAAGAGUUUUUCAUACGUAUGUGUCCCUCUGUAUUGUUUACACACGACAAUGAAGAACAUAGGAAAUCUAUUGGUAGACAUAACUCUUUAUAUUGUGAAGUUUUGUAAAAGUAAAAUUUUAUAUUUGUAGCCAUGCAAAAAUAUUUCAUACAAACAAUUUGUGCCUUAUGAAAUGUAAUCAGAAUACGAGUGAUGCUUUUUGACCUAAGGAUCAGAAGGACAUCUACUGUAGACGAUCUAGUGAAGUGAAAAUGAGCAGCUUGGAUGAGUUUAGAUCUACUUGCAGAUGAGAUAAUUUCAUAAGAAUGACUGUCACUUACAUGGAAUGUUGAAUUCAAAGUGCACUGGCUGAAAAAUAUAUUGAAACCAGUCAGUAAAACCAAGUUGAAUAAUUGAAGCUUAACUAAAACCAACUUUAACAUCUACUCCAUCAAGCCUUUGAAUUAGAGUGAUCUGAACUCUCUACCAUGUAGCGUGUUGCAGGUUGACUAUAGCCAGCGUUGCCUCAUUAGCGCUGUGAGCUGGCUCUAGCCUUUUUCACAUGGACACAAUUUGCUGAGCUGGAGCCAGGGGCUGAGGCAGCACAUCCAGCUGGCACACUGCGUCCCUCUGCGGUUCGUUGUCAUGGAAUAUCAACAAAGAUGUUAUUGCUUCAACACAACAUCCCGAUCUGCUGUGCUCACGUUUUCUCCGUCUUCUCUGUGUUUACGCGAGGGGGGGUCGGGCCGGUCCGGAUAGAGAUUUGGUCACUCUGAGGAGGGGUUUUUACUGGCUGAAAAUGGUACCUCUUAAGUUGGAAGGAUCAUUUGGUGACUUUGCAUUUUGGAAAGUUGACGGGAAGGAACAGAAUGUGAUCAUAGGCGGUCACAGUUGGGAACAAUGUGUUUGCCCAGAGGGAGUUUUUUAAGUGUUUUGAAAAUUCUGUUCCGUUUCAUGAUUGAGAAAAUGGGAUAAUGUGUAAUAUGGAGAAGUGGACAGGAGUUGUCACGCAGGUUCAAGAAGCACUAUGAAACUUUUCUGCUGGAGGGUUUGUCACUAUCUUAUCUUUCACAAUCCCACAAUAUGGCACUAAAUGUUUCUAGCAUGCAUUUAUUCAAUUACAGAGGCUAGUGCAGUUACAAAAACCUUCAAAAAUAUUCAUUCUUACUGUGACUCGGGUCUCCUCUUUGCAGAUCUGACCUGUAACUAGGAUCAGUGGUGCCACUUCCAUUAAUACUACUUUGUGGAACAUUCUAGGUAAAGCAAAAACAUUUCCACAGAGACAAGCCAGAAAAGUUAUAUAUCAUACCUUUGUUUUACGCUAAAAAUAUGCAAUUUAUUUUCAAAAGUCAUUGAUUCUCAGGCUGUAUAUUGGUCUAAUGAUUUAAUCCUUAAUUUGGUGGUAAACUACUUUUGUAAUCACACAAAAUUGCCAUGGGGCAGUCUGAUUAAGAAGUGGUAUCCAUUCUGUGCCUCUAGCCUCUGACAUCUCUCUCUCCUUGACUGGCUAACAUUUCAAUGGCCUACAUACCGUAUCUUUUGGCCAUAGACACAGUAAUAGUAAACACAGACAUAGUAAUGGUAAUAGCCACAAGUCUGCAACUAAUAAGAGAAAUCCUUUGUGAUUGCUCCUGUCUAGUUCUACAAAUUACUAAUAGUAGGCCUGUCACGAUAACAGAUUUAAAUGCAUGAUAUAUUGCUACAGAGAUGCAAUACUGCAAUAAACGAUAAUGUUGAAACUAAUUUAUGCCACGGACACAAUAACAAUAACGCAGUAAACAAUUUUGAAAUAGGCAGCAUUGUUAAAAACGCCUGAACUGCAACAAAUAAAUAACAGAUUGAACCGAUAAUUAGCCACAGAAGUUAGUUAUUCAACCCUCUGCAGUGUAAAUCUUGUUGUAUUUAAAAAAAAAAAAAAAUCCAGAUCUCCCCAAUUUGUGCACAUGUUACAUUUUGAAUGAUAACGAUAAGUCAAUAUAGUAAUUAUCGUGACAGGCCUAAGUAAUAGUAGCGUAGUAGUAGUAGUAGUAGUUCAAAUUAGAUAACCUGGGUAUCUCGCAAGAUUACUCCUUUAAAGUGUAUCUUUCUUUGUGUGUUGACACUUAAAACAACUUGCACUGUGUAACUUUUCUCGUUGGAGGGUGCGUCAAAUACUUUUCUCCAUAGAGAUGUCACUGCUCUGCCGGGAAUGUUCCACAGUAUGACAUUAAACAGCUCUCACUUACAUUUAUUCAAUUACAGGUGGUUUUAUAGCUCAAAAAAACUUAGGAAAACAGACUGUGAGUGGGGUCGCCUCUCCACAGAUGUGACUUAUAACUUGGUCUGGUUCUUCCUCUGAAGAUAGAAAGGUUUAAUGCCAUUCUGUGAAACUUUCGAGGUAGAGCAAUAACAUCUCCAUGGAGAAAAAUAUUUGAGAGACCCCCCCACUAGAAAAGUUACACAAUGCAUCUUAACAUCUGAACCAUAUUAAGGGUAAAACGUGUAAACUAACUAAGUUGUAUUCUAAUAAUAAUUGUAGGCUAAAAUAUGGCAGAAAUUUACUAACAACUCAGUAAGAAUCCAGUGUUAAAGGUAAACCAACUGCCAGUGAAAGCAGCUGAAACAGAACAUUUGAAUAUUGAGAUAUUUGCUCUUAAAGUCUUGAACGACAUACUUGACUUUUCUAGGACCGUUUUAUAUAAGCAAGAUGUGUAUUUCAAAAUUUUAAAAUGUUGUGAAAAUUUUAUAAAGCAAUCUGCAAAAAAUUUCAAGAAAUAUUUCCCGGAACAAGAUAUUUUCUGUUUUUGUAUAUAUUUGAUGGCCGUUUUGUUAGCUCUUUUAGCAACUUUCAAGCUUUUUAUGUGAAGAAGGGCCGAUUGGUGAAAAUUUUGGAAAAAAAAAAAAAAAAAGCUGGGAGAAUAUUCAGAAUUUUCAGAAAUCUGAGGGCGUAUCCUGCAGAAAUAUUUAAGAUUUUUUACUCUUAUUUUGUAUAGAAUAUGCAAGUUACACUAAAAAGGAAAUAUUGUUUUCUACAUAGGAUAUUAUGAAAAAGCUGGUACAUAAUUAAUAUGCAAUUAUAAGCCAAUGUAUAGGAAGAUUUAUCAGUGUUGAAUUGCUAACUAACUGUGCUGCCAUGACAACCAUACAGUCGCCUUUUAUGUAUCUAUGACACUAUUUUGAAAGUAUAUUUUUGCUUUUAUUCUUAUUUAGUGACUGAUACUCACCACUGUAUUAAGCACGUAAACUGUGAGAUGUAGUUUGCUUCAAACGACAAGCAAAUAUUAUAAUAAAAAAAUAUAUAUGGUGUAUUUUGAUGUUAUUAAUAGUAGUUGUAGUAGCGAUUGUACUAUACUUUUGAAGAGAGAGUGUGACAAAGAACUGUUUUUAGAGUUUGCAUGUGCAUGUGUUUGGUUUUAUGAAAUAGUAUGGAAUAUUAUUUGGUGCAAUGUAAUUUAAAUACAGUAGUUUGCUAUAGUAUAUAUUGUUUUAACUCUAAGAGCAACUUCUGGUUAGUUAUAAUCGGCCUGGUUACACCUAUGGAUUAUAUUGUAGUGUUUUUGCACCAAAAUUUUCAUGUCAUAAAACAACAAAUUUAGAUUUUAAACUGUUACAGUGGAAAAAAAAUGUUGAAUUGUCAAAAAUGUUAAAUCUAACAUCUGAUUUUAAUUCUAUUUUUUCAGAUUUGUUUUUCUUUUUUCCUCCACAUUUUUUCACUUUUAAAAAAAAAUAUUUUUCCCCCCAUAUUUUUUAUUUUUUUUUCCCCCCAUAUGAUAAUUCCUGUCUAAUAUAAAGUCUUUGUCAUUUUUCAUCAAAUUGUGUGUGUUCCAAUAUAGCAAAAAAUACAACUUCGUAAUCAAUUUUGCAAUCAAAACAGUGACCCUAACUUCUAAAAUUUUCACAUUUUCAAAAAAAAAAAAAAAGUCCAAUGUAAUUACAAUAUAUGCACAUAUGUGUAUCCAGGCCCUAUUUGUAGCCUACAUAUUUACUGAAUGUAUUGUUUAACACUUAUGUGGUCAAUUUGCGUUGUAUUCUUGACUGUUAUCACUUGAUACUUGUAAUGCGAUAUUGCAAUAAUGAACUAUGUAGACUGGACAGAACACAGAUGUUUUUGGAGCGAGUCGUAGUAGUAUCCAAGAGAAUAGGUCUGUAAAUUCAUGUCCACGAAACGGCAUUCCAAAAUGUGCCUUAUUUGUUAGAUGGGAGACUAUUGUAGUGCUUUUAGUGCUGUUCAAAUUUGACAAAUAAAAAGAUCAUGAUGAA